GUGGAGGGUAGGAAGCUGAUUGUGGGAGCGGAUCCGAAAACCGCAGUUUGAAGCUGGGGAAAAGGGAUACAGGGAGGGAAAUCUCUGCUCUUAUCCCUUUUCAGAAGCAGCCUGGCCCCGGUUUGAACAUGAAUAGCCGCUUGGCCGCUCUCUGCAGGAUCGCUGUCCUUUUGACCUUCCUUUGGGCAGUCCUUGCGAAUUCCAGCUUCAAAGUAGCUCAGUAUCCCGAAAUCCUGAACCAGACCGUCGGUUCCAACGCGACUUUCUUCUGCACCUUCCCGUUUGCUCGGGAUGUGUCCAGGAUCCGGGUGAGCUGGUGGAGGGACGGUGAGCGGGGUUUCCUCCGGGAAAAGAAGGAUUCCAGGUAUCACUUUGAAAUCCGGAAUAAAGCCAGCGCCGCCUUCCACCUCCGGGGUGUGGAUGUCUCCGACUCCGGGCUCUAUUACUGCCGCGUUAACCAUGAGGGCAAGGUGGCUAGCGGGAGCGGCACACGGCUCCUGGUGACCGCUUCCGCGGAUCCUCCCCAGAUUGUCCCGACCUUGUUUGGGAGAGAGUCCGCAAUCUUCCUGAGACUUGCCUGUAUCUCUGGGGCCUUUCACUCGGACGAGAUCAGUAUCAAUUGGUUUGUGAACGGCAGCGAGGUGCUGAGCGGAAUCCGCAGCCAGGUCGAGCCAAGGCCGGACAAACGCUUCAGGGCUUCCAGUUACCUGGAGGAGACGCAGCCUGUUCGCAAUGGGACGGUGUACAGCUGCCGAGUGUCGCACCGUGGCAAGCGGGUGGAAACCCGGUACACUUACAUCUCCGGUGCUGAAGCUUUUGCAGAGCCAGAAUCAGGUGUUCUGCCUUGGUGGAUCUAUAUCUGUGUUGGGAGUGGGGUUUUCCUCCUGCUGCUUCUGAUUAUUACAAUAAUACUUUGCAAAUUCUGCACGUGCAGAGGCAGACGACGAAAAGGAGAGAACAGAUGUGCUCAGCAUAUGCAGAAACCAGCUAACUUCAACAUGACAUAUACAGCUAUGGAUGCCAGCAGUCUUGCAAAAGGUACAAAGCACCAGCACAUGGAAAGGAAAGCAGCUUGUCCCCGUGUACCACCGAGAAACCCACAGAGAAAUGACAAGCUUAUUUAUGCCACACCAGAACUCAGAAAGCAACAGGGCAAAAAGAUGGGCUACACUGUGCAGUGAACACACUUGCACCGCACCAAAUACAAGCAAGAAGUUGGUUCUCCAAUCUUAGCUCAACGUGAAUUAACCUGCCAAUAUAACAGCACCUUUUUAAAUGGUUAAUUCAAAGGAUAAUAUCUUCAGUAGGUUUUUUUUAACUCUGUCUCCUCAAGAAUGUUGCUGAAUACGAGCUUUAUGUUAUAAAUAUAACUAAUGAUAUGAUGAUAACUGAUGUUAAUGACAGUAACCUCAUUAGAGUUAGGUAACAAUUGUCUGAAUGCAGCACUCGGUAAAGGAAUUGUGUAGUCUCCACAAAUUAAAACCAGAAGCUGAAAUUGGAUUUGUAAAUUACAACAAAAAUAUCAAAUUCUCUCUCUGACCCCUCCACUUUCCCAACAUCCUUACCUUGAACAGCACAAAGUACAUUAGCAAACAAACCACGCACAGGAUUCGCCUAUGAUCAUUUGACAAUUUUGCUGUUCUUAUUUGAUUGUGCAGACUUGGUAGAAAAGUUCUCAGGAAGGGUCACCGGACCUGAAACAUUAACUCUGCUUAUUCCUUCACAGAUGCUGCCAGACCUGCUGAGCUUUUCCAGCAACUUUGUUUUUGUUCUCACCAAGGCAGUGUUAUAAUACUUCUGGAAAACAAAUUGUGAGGGCACACUUGAGAGCUUUCAAACAAUAAAAAGAGACAAUGAUUAUGAGUAUCACAGGGGAGUUUGUGCAGAGCCAGUGGAGAAGAGUAUAAAGUAAAUAAUGUCAUUGGCUAAGCAAAACAAGCAAAUUCUACAUGAAAAGAGCAGGCAGUGAGCAAGUGCUGUUUGGAUCAAUCCUUUCACAGACCAUGCACAGUCUGCACUAAGAUGUUUGAUCUCUCAGAACAAAUGAAUAGCUAAGCUUAGCUCAGAAUGGAACUUAACAAAACAUCUUUUCAAUUGAGCACAUUAAUUUCCAACAUUCCACGCCAGAUGCAUUCAACUAAAACCCCUGUUGCCAUUAUCUUAAGACAUUGGAAUAUGUUCCACAUACUGCUUGCUAUAUAUCCAUAGUUAACCACAUAUUUAUUUGAUUUCAGAUAGAAUUGCACAAAUAGGGAAAAUAGCCAUUCAUGCCUUGUGCCUAUGUCAGCCCUUUGAAACAGCUAUUGAAAUAUUUGCACUCUUUUCUUAAAUAUAGCAACUAAUUCUAAUAAUUAUUUUACUUGAACCGAUAUCAUAGAUUUUAUUUGUAUGCAAAACAUUAGUAUGUUUUAACCA